CACCCACCCAUACACAUGCAUGGCUGCGGCGCGCGUGGGCCUCGUCUCCGUCUCCGUCUCGCACGCGCUCCACGCCUCCAGCUCUUCCCCCUCGCUGCGCCCACCUCGCCUCCGCCUCCCCCCUUAUCUUCCCCGCCACCACCACCGCCUCCUCCCCACCUUCCCCCCCAACUACCCGCGCCCCUCCUCCGCCGCUGCCGCGAGACUCCGCGCCAGCGCCACCAUGUCGCAGGCCGCCGGGAACCCCUACGCCGCUGAGCUCGCCGCCGCCAAGAAGGCCGUCACCCUCGCCGCCCGCCUCUGCCAGGCGGUGCAAAAGGACAUUCUGCAGUCUGGUGUUCAGUCUAAGGCGGAUCAAAGUCCGGUGACAGUUGCCGAUUAUGGGUCUCAAAUAUUGGUAAGCCUUGUCUUGAAAAUGGAAGCACCAGCUUCUUCUUCCUUCUCUAUGGUGGCUGAGGAGGACUCGGAAGAAUUGAGGAAAGAAGGCGCAGAAGAAAUUUUAGAAAAUAUCACCGAGCUCGUAAACGAAACUAUCGUAGAUGAUGGUACAUACAGCAUUUACUUCUCUAAGGAAGGUAUCCUCUCUGCAAUUGACGAUGGCAAGUCUGAGGGAGGUCCAUCUGGGCGACACUGGGUGCUAGAUCCAAUUGAUGGGACUAAAGGUUUCUUAAGGGGAGACCAAUAUGCUAUUGCCCUGGCUCUGCUUGAUGAGGGUAAAGUUGUUUUGGGUGUAUUGGCUUGUCCCAACCUUUCUUUGGGAUCAAUAGGCAACCUUAAUGGUGGCUCCUCGGGAGAUCAAGUUGGUGCUCUCUUUUCUGCUACUAUUGGUUGUGGAGCUGAAGUAGAGUCUUUACAGGGCUCUCCAGCACAAAAGAUUAGUGUCUGUUCCAUCGACAAUCCAGUCGAAGCUUCAUUCUUUGAGUCCUACGAAGGGGCACACUCCUUGCGUGAUUUAACAGGCUCCAUUGCGGAGAAACUUGGUGUCCAAGCUCCUCCAGUUAGAAUUGAUAGCCAAGCAAAAUACGGUGCCCUAGCCCGAGGUGACGGUGCCAUUUACUUGCGUUUUCCACACAAAGGUUACAGAGAGAAGAUCUGGGAUCAUGCAGCUGGGUCAAUCGUCGUGACAGAAGCUGGAGGUCUGGUGACAGAUGCAUCAGGAAACGAUUUGGAUUUCUCCAAAGGGAGAUUUCUUGAUCUCGACACAGGGAUCAUCGCGACGAACAAGCAGCUGAUGCCUUCACUCCUGAAGGCUGUGCAAGAUGCCAUCAAGGAGCAAAACCAGGCUGCUUCCCCGUUGUAGUAGCUGUCUCAAUCCACAAUCCACAAAUAUCAUAAUGUUUCCAUAUAAUAAUAAUUGCAGUGCUGCUUCCCCAUCAACAUUACUUUAAAUGUGUGUACAGCACCACUUUGUUGUUGUUGCUGCUGCAAAUUCAGUAUCUUAUUGUUGCACAUUUCUGCAUCUAAUUGGUGGGUGAGCUGGCACCACAUGAAUGUUCUUUCAUCUGGAUUCAGAAGAAAUAAUUAAAUUGGCCUGAUUCUCCCUAACUCGGGGCAAUA